CGGGGUCACGUUUUGUCAACAUGGACUUUAAAGCCAAAACUGUCAAGCGGCAGGGGUUAUUUAAUCAGUUCUUGCUCGAAGAAUUGAGCGGGUCACGUAUCGUCAACAUGAACUUUAAAGCCAAAACUGACAAGUGGCAGGGGUUAUCUAAUCAGUUUUUGCUCGAAAAACUGAGGUUUGAUAAAAUUCCCAGCUUCACUUGA